UACUACAGUAACAACAGACUGAGUGCUCAGCCCCUUCUCCUUAGUUCCCUCUCAGCUCCUUCACUCUGUGACAGGCUGGGGAUGCAGCAGGGAGCCUGUGUCUGGGAGUAGCGGGGACUGAGAGAGAGCAGAGGACGAUUAAGCUCUUACCACAGACAUGGGCACUUCCUUCACUACAUGGGGGCGGUGUUUUUGAAGAUCUCUUAAUCCAAGCUUGGCUUGUUGUGGCUGCUGUGUGCUGCUGUCCUGCUCUCAACUCAUUCUGGGGUAGUGACAAAAGCAACAGGGAGGCAGAGACUGAGGGAAGCAGCAGCCACACUUACAUUCUCUCUUUUGUGUGAACAAAACUACAAGGAAGUCAUGUGUCUGUUAUAAUGGAGAUAAAGGACUCUGGCAGCGUGGUUCUGACUGGAUACCAUUCAUACACUCCAUCUAGUUCACCAAUAAGAGAGCAGAGCUUUGUGCAAGACAUGCCAUCCAGCCAGUCUCCUAUGAUCAGGAAAACUCCUUCACGAAGGAUUAACAGAAUGCUUUCCAAUGAAUCCUUGCAUACUCCCCAGUUCAACCGCUCCAUCUCCGAAUCCUCCACGGACAACUCAUCAAUGGAAGACUUCUGGUGUGAGGUUAAUAAUAUUAAAGAAAGCAGUGAAGAAGGCCAAGACGACAGCCUGUUGCUGGAAGUAAAGCCAGCAGAUGAAGGGGAGCUGGAAGCUGAAUGGUUGCAGGAUGCCGGCCUGUCCAACCUAAUAUCUGGCACCCAGGAACAUGACGGACAAGCAUUGUUGUCUACACUGACAAGAACACAGGCAGCAGCUGUGCAGAAAAGAUAUACCACUUAUACUCAGACAAUGAGGAAGAAGAACAAGCAUACAGUGCGGGAUGUAAGAGAUAUAUUUGGGAUCAAUGACUCCACUCCAUCUUUUGAGUCUAAAGCACUGUCACCUAUACCAUCAAAUGGUGUUCAGCAUGCAAUAAAGAAGCCCAUAUGGAAACCAGUAACCAAUAACAGUUGCACUUUAGAGAAAACCAGUCCGUCAGUGGCAGAAGAACUUUCUUUUGAGGCCUCCUUCUCAGAAUCUGUUGUGGUUGAUGGUAAAGACAAAGAAAGUGAAAAGAACCAACGGAUCAAAAAAGAUGAUUCUGCUUUGCCGAAAUUUAUUGUGUGGAAAAGCAGGUUUGGGCUUACGGAAGUUGGUGAUUUGUCCCCUGAAGACAUGAAAAAAAUCAGAUAUCUCUCUCUGAUUGAAUUAACUGCUUUCUAUGAUGCUUUGGGAAUUGAACUAAAGAGAAACCGAAUAGUAAGAGUCAAGGGAAGAGAAAAUGGCCUGUUCGGAGUUCCCCUGACAACACUGCUGGAAAGUGAUAAGAAAAAAUUCCCAGGCACGAAGGUUCCCUUAAUUUUCCAAAAAUUACUUCAGAGGCUUGAAGAGACUGGCUUAGAAACAGAAGGUAUACUGAGGGUACCUGGAUCUGCUGCUCGGGUUAAGAAUCUGCGUGAAGAGCUGGAAGCUAAAUUUCAUGGCAACUUAUUUGACUGGAAUAAAGUCCGCAGCAACGAUGCCGCAGGCCUGUUAAAGAUGUUCAUACGAGAGCUGCCGUCUUCUCUCUUUACUAUGGAGUAUCUCCCUGCCUUCAUUACAUUGGUAGAAAAAAUCUCCAAGAUCAAAUUGCAGCUUCAAGCUCUUCAUCUAUUAAUCAUGCUGCUGCCAGAUGCCAGCAGAGAUACUGCCAAGGCUUUGUUAAAUUUCCUGAAAAAGGUGGUUUCAAAUGAGGAAAAAAACAAAAUGAGUCUGUGGAAUGUGUCUAUGAUCCUUGCACCAAACCUUUUCAUCUGCAAACGCAAAAGUGCAAACAAGGAGGAAAUGAAAGCCGCCGCAUCCACAGCCCAUAUUGUUCGGCUUUUAAUUAGGUACCAGGACAUCUUGUGGACGGUUCCUUCUUUCCUAAUCUCACAAGUCAGGAAAAUGAAUGAGGCAGCUCUGAUUAACAAUAAAAGGCAGCUGAUUUUUGACAAGAGUGUAAGGAAGUUAUUAAGAAGGAAGACCAUGGAACGGGAAAGACCUGAAAGGAGAGAGCACUGUGAUGUACCUGAAGGGGUGAUAAGAGUUUACGCUCCGCUGCACUCAAAGGUUUCCAUGGCAAUACAGCUGAACAGUCGCACGAAAGCCAAAGACAUUCUGGCAAGAUUUCACUGUGAAAACAGCCACGGAACAUCAGACAAUGCGAGAGUACACAACCAGAGUUUAUAUGAAAUAGGAGGCAACAUAGGGGAGCAUUGCCUUGAUCCAGAUACCUAUAUUUUGGAUGUGUAUCAUGUUAAUCCUAAUGCGGAAUGGAUGCUAAAACCAAAAUCAAGCUGAAGUCUUUGAAUGCCCAGGCUACUGGCACUUUAUAAAACGAUGGGUCAACAUUAUCCAUGGGAUUUUAUAACAUCCAAGGUCUUUAAUCACGGACUGAUCUGAAGAUGGGGAAAUAUUACUUAGGUACUACAGAAAGAAUACAUUAGGUCUGGUGAUAAAGACUGCUGACGUUGGAAGAAGGUUUUUUUUUCUAGUAAUUAUUUUUAAUAUAAACAGUUUAUUGCUAAGAAGAAAAACACUAAUGGCAAACCACCAUUUUGCUGGAUACCUUUUGUAGAGUCCCAUGUACUCUACGUAGCUCUCCAAGUAUUAUUGCUGACAUAUCGGGGCGGGUUGGAUCUUCAGUUCACUAAAUGUGGGACCUGGAAGGUGCAACCCUCUAACAAAGAGUGGGAGACAAUGUCGUUUUUGCUAUUUUUAAUGAAGAAUGUGUGCAGUGACGUGAAUGCCUUGUUCAGCAUCAAAACCUGAUGGAAAAGAGAAUGUGACGUUUGUACAUUCGUUUGUACAGGAAACACUAUGUUUGUACAGUUACUUUUAUAUGUGUAGAUAUAUGUAUGUGUUUUUAAUCUUACGCUCUGCCAGUUACACCCACCCAUGUAGUUUACCAAGCCUUACUUUAUUUCAGUAUUCAAGUUUAGAGGAGGGGCAUUCAUAUUGCACCAGUCCUGCCUUUGUAAGGCUGCGAGCCAACUUUACAGAACAUUAGCAGAUUCAUAAGUAAGGUUCAAUCUAUUGAUUCAUCUAUGCACAGACCAAAGACUCAAUGUCAAGAAGAACAUGUUUAUUUGGAUUUAUAUAAUUCAUAAAUGUAGGUAUGUAUUAACCAGCAAAUACCCCUGGGGUGAAAUAGAAAUGCAGAAGGAUAUUUAUUUUACUCUUUUAAAGAGGAUCACAGUUACACUUUAAGUAGCGACCCAAAUAUUUAAUGGGGUCCAAUUGCUAGAGCUUAAAUAAGCAGCAAUCUGGUAACUCACAAGGUGAUCUUGUCUGGGAAUAAGGACUGAGGGGUAUGUUUACUAACAUUGGAGAUAAAUAUCUGGAGAGAUUUCUGGAGAUGUUGCCCGUGACAACCAAUCCACAAUUAGAUUUUUAACAGCCACCUAUAUGUUAGAAAACAAAAGCAAAGAUCUGAUUGGUUACUAUGGGUAACACCUCCAGGAAUCUCUCCAGAUAUCUCCAAUGUUAGUAAACAAGAUUUCUGCAGAUCAACUCAUUGGAUGUUUGGCCAGAUUGGCUGCCAGUCUAGUCUUUAAGCAAAUAGGUCACCAGAUUUCAGAGGUCAGAUAAAAACAGAAACUGCCUAUUUGUGGUGGAACAUUUGAGAUUGGAGGGUGAGUUGGACAGUCUUAUGUCCUGCUGCUGGGAAUGCAUCAGUGGUGCAAUGGUGCAUAUGUAGAUUGCACUGAAAUCGAAGGCUUCCAUCACUGAAAGCAGGAAAAAAAAUAGAUCAAGCCCUAUUUUUUCUGUAUUGAGAAUUUGUCCCCAUUCCUGUAGAUACAAAACAAAAAAGAAGAAUGAGAUCAGUCAUCUCAGGGGCAGUGUCAGAUUGACCGACCAGGUUUACUGGAAAACUAUUUUUCUUUGAGAAAUAGAGGGAGUGAAGAGAGAAAGUAACAUAGUUUGGAGAUUGGGCCUGUGGUCUAUGGUUCCCUGAUGGGCUCCAGGCACAUCAAUCUGACACUGCUUAGAGUUUUUUUUUUCCACCACGCAAGGUUUCAAAUAGUCAUCUCUGAUCACAUUAUGAGCCAAAUUUCCAAACGAAUCUCCUUUACACAGAGAGUCCAAGGUGGCCCUUUCCAUGUCUUUGUCAAUAGCUCAAGUAGAGCAGAUAGAGCCGAACACAGUAAACACAUCAGAUAAGUGCCACAUGCUCUUGUAUUUAAUACAGAAUGUCUUUGGGUCAAUUCCCAGAGUUUUAGGUUAACAAUGUAGUUUGAUAAAUAUCUCUUAAUGUUAUAAUGUGCUAGAAUACAAUAUAUUUAUCUGACAACUGAGAAAUAUUACUACCUGACACUUCAAACUUAGUGCAGAGGAUUAUUUUUGCAGUACAGAUACUUCAAAUGCGACAUGGCUCCAAGGCCAAAACAAAAUCCAUGUUUGUGGUAUAGUCAUAGUAUAGUCAUAGAUCAAAAGUGUAUAGUGUAACAUAUGUGCAGGGACAGUCUGUGGACAAAUACAAAUGCAAUGCAACAAAGAAUGCAAAAGGGCAACGAACUGCAUCUUAAACCUGUGUAACCUUAAUGGCAAACUAUUGCUAAAGUACAUGAUGUUCCUGUAACAGCGAGGGCUUUGUAGCAUCCAUAUGUUCACAUGCCCAAAGCCUUUGCAAAAUACUAAAUAUAAGACAUCCGAAUGGUGUUUUAAUUGCAGUAAUCAGUCAGUUUCCAAAAAACAGAAUAAAAGGAAGCCAAUGAAAAUCUAAUUAUCCAAGAAAGCUUUCAAUUUCCAGGAAGAAGCUGCAAAAACAAGUUUAGCAAAGAAUUAUAUAAUAUUGAUAAGCAUCUAUAAAGCUGGAUGUUUAAUAGCUACUCAUUCUGCCUGUCAAAUAGGCAUUGCUGUUUACUGGUGUCCUUGUGUUAUACCAGCCAUCGACUAACUCACUCAGUUGAACAAUGUGCUGCUGGUAUAGCCAUGACCUGAGUAUCGUCAAGUCUUGGACCCUCUUCCCAACACACUUCCCCUUUACCAUUAAAUGGACAACUGGACACUUCUUUAAUGGAUUGGAAAGGCCCCAGCCACUUUUAUUUACACACAAGUUAACAAUAACAUAUAUUUAACAUUUCAAACGUUAACAUUAUAACCAAUGUCCAGCGAGAUCUCCACCCCUAGCCGCUGAAGGCUGCUCCUAUGGAGAUCCCCUUGCUACUGGACCUAUCCACAUCCUGAGGCUAGGCCCCUUGUUUUGACCUUCCCCUCUUAACCAUGGCCAAUGACCACACCCCCUAGCCUCAGACCUACCAAUCUUCCGCCAUACUCCCUUCUCCAAUUCCACCACCUACCCUCCUAAGCGGCUGUGACUUGCUCACCUUAACCCUCUCUUCCCCACCUACCAAAAAGGGGCGGGUGGGCGAGCAGUCUUUUUAAAAUGGCGCCGGCUUCUUUCCCGCUCCUGCCUUUGCCUACACUAUUUCCCGCCGCCUCCUAAAAACUACAUCCCCCACAAUCCCUUGCUCUGCCUUCCGGGUUUCCCCUCCUCACGCUGUCAUGGCCCUAUCCCUCUAGCCUCUUCCGGUCUUCACGGGCCUGCUAGUGACUCGGGACAUCUGUUUGGUACUAUUUUUGGGCUAAAAAUGGUUACUAUGAACACGUGAUCCUGUGUUACACCAUGUUGUCUUCAGCAAACCACUUAAUCUACAAGUCUCAGGCACCAGAAAAAAACUGACUGUAAGCUCCUCAGCGGAGAAUCUCAUUGUGCUGAGUUUUGUACAACUGCCACCAUUUCAUGUGAAUGUAUAUGGAUAGGAAUAACGCAUCUCCUGUUGUAAAAUAUAGGAGUAUUAACAAACGUUCCCUGGCCAUGCUGGUAUGGAAUCUAUUAUCUAGAAACCUGUUACACAGAAAAAAAACAACUUUGCCAUUUCCCAUCUUGUGCUGUUUAAGCAAUUGUUCAUUUGUGACUGUUCUGUGUAAUAAUAAGAAAGUACUUUGUCGACAAUGUUAACUGACCUAGCAAGAAGUCACAGUGAGAGCAAAACGAUCCUGUAGGAAUCAGUUUAUAAUUGGUCAGUAAUGUCUGCCACGUUGUAACGUUAGCAGUCAUUUCUAUUUUAAGUAUUUCAGGCAGGAAAAGGAUGGUCAAAAUUCUUAAUUCCAGAAAAAAAUAUGAUACAUUCAAUUUUUAUGGGUGUUAGUGCUCAGUGGUGCACUAACACCCCAUUGAAAAUGACUGCAUUUUUCUCCUGAAAGCAAUGGAAUGUAUUCAUUCCAUCAGCUCUGAUAAACAUGUCUAUGUGUUAACACCACCUUGACUGUGGGGAAAGUUAUGGCAAAUGGGUAAAGAGAUCUGCUGGCAAUCUCUAUGGAUUCCUUAGUACAUUCUCUAAUUCAUCAGUCCCCAAAUGUUUUGGUAGCUUUAACGAAUGGCCGUAAAACCUCAAGGCCCCAAACAUUUCUGAUAAGAGAUCCCAUACCUGUAAGAUGCAAGCCUGCAGACCAUGUACCUUCUUAACAGGUUGUGGAGCAUCUCAUGGCUUGUAAUAUCCUCAUAGUUUACAACACGUGGACACCGUGUUUUAUCAUAUUCAAGUUUCAAUGGGUCUUGUGAUGAAACCAACCACUAAGCAGUGAUUAUAAUGAAUGAAACCACUAACUAAGCAUAUAAAUGCAGAGCCAGAAUGUUCAUGUGACACAGGUGACAUCACUAAGCUCCUGUUAUAAAUGCUGACAUCACUAAGCACAAUUUAUAAUGAUAUAAUGUACAGGUUAUUUAUACAUUACUUUUGUGAAUUAUAUAGUGAAUGAUGUAUCUCCCGUUGUAAAAUACAAGGACAUUUUAAGUCCCCAAUGAGUCGCCAAAUAAAGGCAGAAGAUUUUUAUACAGGUCAUGGAACUCCAAGGUGAUUUCUACUAUCCCCAUAUAUUGCAACAGUGAGUUCACUCUUCAGCUUCAGUGGGUCAUGUGACAAAAAUGACAUCACUAAGCACUGAUUAUAACUGAUGACAUCACUAAGCAACGUUUAUAAGGAUAUCAUUUACAUGGCUCUUGUGUAUAAUGAAUUAUAAGGGUAUAUUUAACUGUUCCUGUCAGAGUAUGAAGACAAUGCAACAAAAUACUCUGUUUUUGAAGCCUUAGUAUCCCAGAUGCCAACUGGAUUGGCAGCAGCAUGAUACAAAAUACAAAUCAGCAUCAAUGCCUAUGGCAAGGGGCUGCCUUCAGAUACUGGCGACCCAGUUGAGUGGCAAAUGCCUCUGAUGAUGUGGGAGUUGUAUGUACUUUUAAAACAUACUCAAUGGAACUUUUUUUUGUACUUUAUUAUUUUGUAUGCGAUUGUGUACCUCCUGGAAUUACAAUAUUGGAAAGGAA